AUGGCAACACUCCGAUCUGCUGUCACCAAAGUCAGUGAGGCUUGGAAAAUGAAAAUUGCUCAACGCUCUGCGGUACAGAGGGCGUUAAAGGAUUUUUCCUUCAAGACAAGUUAUUACAACCAAAUAGGCUUGCUGUGGCAUGACGUUAUGCCACAUUCUUCUGUCGUCAAAGAAGCUUUCCGGCGUCUUCCUCGCGAGGAGCGCGAGGCGAUUGAUUUCCGCAUAGCGCGGGCUUUUCUUUUGUCGGCCAACAAGACCAUCCUUCCGCAAGAGGAAUGGACCAAACUGGAGGAUGACGUGCCUUAUCUUGACCCUUACAUCAAACUUGUUGAACAGGAACGGCGAGACAAGUCAGAUUGGGAUCAUUUCGUCUCGCCACAGUUGUACCCAUGA